AUGUGUGACUACACCAAGGUCGAAUACUGCUGUGGCCACCUGCGUUAUACUGUACGAGCCUGGUGCGUCACAUACCAGGAGUCACACAAACGCUGUCCCCCUAAUGUAGUUGCUGUAGAAUAUAGAUUCGAAGAACCAUGCGGUACCUUUUAG